AUGGUAAUAGUAAGACGCUUGUUGAUGUCUUAUACCAGCAGGAACAUUUAGGGGUAGUUUGAUUAUUGGUCGAUAGACUCUUGAAGUUUUGUAUUGCCUUUUCUAAGUUCAUUUUUAUAGAGAAAAGAAAGAAAAAAUCGUAUCGACAUCUAUCGUCUCGCAUUUUUCCAGCCAUUUUUCUGGGCUCUUCAAUCGCAACAGAGCACUUUUAUGAGAAAAACUCCCCUGAGCUUUCCCCGUGCAGCCCAGGAAACACAAGGGAACGUGUUGUUAAAUGGUGCUGUCGUUGACGACGGUGGUCUCAGCUAAACAUAUCAGUGCCAGCUCUCGCCGUUUCCGUCAGAUGGCGCUAUCCACGUUUCUGGUGACGUGCCGCCGCCGCUUCUGCUACUUAUGGCUCUGUUAGUGGUGAUGGUGUCUGCCAUCAUCGAGCAGCCCCUUUUCAGUCUUUGCCGCUGCUGCUGCGGCUGUAAGUGGUGGCAGCGGAAGAACAGACGAGACGUAAUAAUAACCUAUGGCGGCUGAUACGUGUUACGAGGCAUGUAGGUUCCGUCUGCGCUUCUGCACUCCGCUGUUUUGCCACCGCUCCUGCUGGUGCUCCAUCGACCACUGUAGUCGUCAAUCUGCUGGUGGUGCUUUUUGAGCUGCAGGUAACACCAGCUGUAGAUGGUGGUGUUCUGCUUGUUGUGCUUACUGCCCUCUGUCGCCACCACUGCCCACCACCACUAUCGCAUCGCAUCAGCUGCUGUCGGUGGCCAAACGGCCUGUCACCGCAAGAAACAACAGCGAAGCAACGACGAACAACAGGCAGCAGCAGGAGCAGCAGCAACGGGAAAAAGACUCCCUAACUACCUGCUUGUCUGUCUGUCCGUUCCCUAACAGCCGCAGACUGCUGAUUGCUACGGGAGAGCGUGGCUUGAGGCGAGUACAAAGUGCGUGUAACGACACGCAGUUCGGCCAUAGGAUAGUGCUAUCAGAAGGCAGCUGUAAAUCCGUCGAAGCAGUAGCGGUAGUGGACUCGAUACCGCAAAGGGCAAAUUUGCGCGAGUGUUUCUCCGUGUCUCGGAGCUGAUCUAUGAGCAACAAUUAACACAGAAGAAAAAAAAUAGGAGAAAUAGAAAAAAAGGGAACGGAGACUUCUAGCACAGUUCGAUUGUCGUUCGAAUCGCCGGCUAUGUUCUUCGUGACGAGUGAAUGAGUUUGCCCGUUGCCUUCACUCGUGCUACUCCGCUUCAAGAAAAAAGAGGGAGAGACAGGUAAGGAACAGGACAGACUCAAUGAAUUAACGAAGUAUCACCAACUACGUGGGUGCAACGCGACGAGAACGACAAGCGGGUCUGCAAUCCAGUAUUACCGAUACCUUGAUUUCCCAAUGUGUCUGUGCGUGUUGUCGCAUGUGAUGUUCCCAACCGAAUGAAGAAAUCAUCCACGGCAACGGAAGGAGUCUCUUUUGUUUGUAUCUGGCUCUCCACUAAUUAUCUGCAAGUUCCGGGACGUACGGGAAUUUCGCAGAUAGACCAGUGUUGAAAUUGAGGAGUUCCGAUGAGAAGAUAUAAGACCGUAAUAUAAUCUAGGCACAAAUGAAAAAAUGUGUGCUUUCUGACGGCAGACUAGAAUUGUGUAUACUUCACAUCAUCACCGUGGAGUUUGCGCCUAUAAGACAGCUACCGUGAGCAGCACCAGUUAUCAGACAGAUCGGUUCGCGGUGUCGGAGAGCACGCCAGUCCGGAUCAUCGAGAAUUCGUUCAUGUAAUUUUAAUAUUACCGGAUUACCCGGCACCGUACCUCAUAAGUAUCGUCAGCCUGCGCUGUGCAAAGUAGACCCGAGGCAUCCCGUUGAUCCGAUUAUAGACAGCCCAUUUCCAACUAUCACCUAUCCACUUAUCCAUAACAAUGUCAGAUCCGGCAGCUGGAGCAGCCGAGGCAGCUGUUGAAACUUCGGUAUUGUUAGUAGGAGCUGUGGAUGUCGCUAUACUGGCAACACUCGUCGGAGCCGCUUACUGGUGGUUUUUCCUUCGGAAAAAAGAUGACUUGUCAUCAUCGUUUGAUGCGGCCGCCAUCAAAAGCUUCUCCAUCGAAGGUUCUAUGAACCGCGAGCGGAGCAGUGGCAGCUUCAUCUCAAAGAUGAGAGCUCAUGGACGUAACGUGGUUGUAUUCUACGGUUCGCAGACCGGAACUGCCGAAGAGUUUGCGGCACGUCUUGCUAAAGAGGCAGUUCGUUACGGACUCAAAGCAAUGGUCGCUGAUCCGGAGGAGUGCGAAAUGGAGGAGCUGCAAGAACUCAAAACUAUCUCCAACCAUCUGGCGAUCUUCUGUAUGGCUACUUACGGUGAGGGAGACCCCACAGAUAAUUGUCAAGAAUUCUAUCAGUGGCUGCAAGAAGGCUCUGUUAACUUGCCAGGCCUUAACUAUGCUGUAUUUGCCCUCGGUAACAAAACUUACGAACACUACAAUGCUAUGGGACGAUAUGUGGACUCGAGGCUUGAGCAACUCGGCGCUUACAGGGUGUUUGCACUUGGAGAAGGUGAUGACGACGCCAAUAUUGAAGAGGACUUCAUUACGUGGAAGGACGAUUUCUGGGCUUCUGUUUGCGAACAAUUCGGACUUGAGGUUUCAGCCUCUGAUUUGAACAUGCGCCAGUAUCAACUAAUCGUUCACGAAAAAGGCUCUUUGCCAGAAGACAAAAUUUACCAUGGGGAAGUGGCUCGACUUACUCAAUUCACUAAUCAGCGACCGCCUUUCGACCUGAAAAACCCGUAUCUAGCAGAAGUGGUUGAGAAACGUGAUCUGUAUAAUAGCGAACGGUCGUGCCUUCAUAUGGAAUUCGACAUAGUUGGUUCGAAGAUGCGCUAUGAAACUGGUGACCAUAUGGGCUUCUAUCCGACGAACGACAGCGCUCUCGUGGAAGAGCUGGGGAAACUGCUCAAUGUGGACCUCGAUCAGGUUAUCACUUUGCGCAAUACGGACGAGGACAGCUCAAAGAAGCAUCCCUUCCCUUGUCCUUGUUCAUACAGGACUGCUCUUAGCCACUACGUGGAUAUUUGUACAGCUCCGCGUACACACGUACUCAAAGAGUUAUCGGAGUACUGCUCGGACGAGGUCGACAAAGCUAAACUCAAGCUAAUGUCUUCGUCAAGUGCUGAAGGCAAGGCCGAAUACGCUAAGUGGGUACAGGAAGCGUGUCGUUCUAUUGUGCACAUCCUGGAAGAUUUACCUUCGUGCAAACCUCCGCUCGAUCUCAUGCUUGAGUUCAUGCCGCGUCUGCAGCCAAGGUACUAUUCCAUCUCAUCGUCAUCGAAGGUCUUCUCCGAACGCAUUCAUAUCACUGCCGUCAAGGUCGACUACACGACGCCGACGAAUCGGCAUAUCACUGGUGUCGCCACUGGGCAAAUGGCCAUCACCAACCUGAAAACGCGUCUGCCAAUUUUUGUUAGACGAUCCCAAUUCAAGCUUCCGACGCGGCCCACAGCACCAAUUAUCAUGGUGGGUCCGGGAACUGGCCUAGCUCCGUUCCGUGGCUUCUUGCAAGAACGUCAACACCAACGCGUCGUAGAAAACAAACAGGUUGGAGAAAGUCACCUGUUCUAUGGUUGCCGUAAGAGAAACGAAGACUUCUUGUACCCCGAAGAGCUUAACGCUUUUGUUGCUGAUGGCACCUGCAAAAUGUAUGUCGCGUUCAGCCGUGAACAGGAGCACAAGAUCUACGUGACGCAUCUGCUCGCCAAGGAAAUGGACCUAGUGUGGGACGUCAUCGGAGUUAAGGGAGGUCAUUUUUACGUGUGCGGUGAUGCUCGUACAAUGGCACGCGAUGUCUACCAGAUCGUACUAAAAACGUUGCGAGAGAAAGGCGGUAUGAGCUCCGCCGAUGCCGAAAAAUAUUUGAAAAAGAUGGAAUCACAGCGCCGUUACUGCACUGACGUCUGGAGCUAAGCAGUUGGUAUCCAACGCAAAGCUGUAUGCCGAACAACGAGGCCGCAUUAUCAACCCUAUGCAUUAAUAAGUCGGGGAUGUACCGACAACCUGAAGGCUCCCGAAACCAACAACGAGUUACUACAGUUUAUCCACUCUUUUAUGCAUUUGCGCGGCGGUGGCGCAACAGCGAAAUUCACAAGUCAUCUCAAUCCCCCCUUAUUCUAGAUCCAUUUUUUCCAAACAAAUUUACUUAUACCUUUUAUAGUGGCAGUUUGAGAUGGUUGUAUGGCUUAGACGUGAAAGGUCUAAUUAACAGUACCGAGGUUAAGCACAAAAUAAGUUUUUUGCUCAAUGAUCCGCUUACAAAACUAAGUAUUUGGUUUUGUAAUGAUUGUACUAUUAUAGUGCUUAUUUUUAUUUUCUUAAUAGGUUUAAUAUGAGGCUUAUUAUGAAAAUAAAAAUAAUUAACCAACGAUAUAAUGGUGGCCAAGAUCGGACCCUUCAAAUACACGUCGUUUCAAGUAUUUGACGACAUUUUUGUGAACGCUUAGGAUCUGCUAAAAGGGGAAACCAUUCGACACACCUGAACCACGAACUCGUCGCGGAGGGGUCAGGUGGGUCAGGAAAUUAGGUGACUUCAAGCUGUGGAACAUCUGAAGCAGGUGAAGGGCAAGAAAAAAACACGGAAAAUAUGUUCCUGAACUGUAGAAUUGUGAGCGUGGAGGGCUCCUUGAUUUUCUUGGUACAUAAUAGGUCGAAAACUCAUCGCAACAACAAAUGACUGCGAGAAUUCAAUGUACAGAUGUGGCGCGGAAAUAAUACAUCAAGGUCCUUUUUUGUUGUCAUUGAUAACACAAUGCGUUACAGGAACAAGGUUGAAAGAGCUGAAAUACUGUAGAGAAUAUCUAUAGUACUUCCAAAUGCUUGAGUCAGUAAACAGUCUUGUCCUAGGCUGUAAUACUAGAAGGAUGAAUAAGAAAAAACGUAUGACGUUGUACGCAGCGCAAUACUUCACAAUACCGAGUGUUGUAUUUCACUAUCUUGUAUCUUGUAGUGCGCAUAUUGGGACCAGAAUGAAAGCUAGACUAGAAAAUAAAUAGUCAAACUAAGUACCAUCACGUAACUUCAACUUGGACGUAAAUUAUUAGACAAUUACUGUACCGCAUAGGGGGCUACAAGGCUACGUAACACUCAUAAUAAAAUAAUUUCAACCCAAGCCGAAGCCGUAAUGGGAGGGCUUGCAGUUUAAUAGUAAACUGUGACGACUUUGAAUAUAAAUAUCUUGUAGAAAAAGUUUAUCCUACCAGGUAUCUUGUGAUCCCUGGCAGAAAAUCAACUAAUGCCUUUUCGAGGAAUGGCUGGCGACUAAACUCGCCAAAGAUACAGGUGCAUUAUUAACGGUAAGUAGAACAUCUAAGGGAUACAGGCAUUCAAAAUGAUAAGAUUAGAGGGCUAUGUAUAGUAAAA